ACCAAGUGUUCAGAAUCUGGCAUCUCUGCCUCUAGCCAACAUCACACCGAACCGAACCGAACGGCGUACUGGAGCGGCAUCGUUUUCCGAAGCGCAGUGGCCUUUUAUGUGAAUUCCGCUAAUUAGUCCGAACGAGUCAAUAAAACCCACCGAGACUUUCGCUGAGACCUCGCCGUUUCGGAGAGUGAGACUUUUUCGCCGCUUUACUUAGAAGAAAAAUACUUAGUCAUGGGUGUGGAUGUCGAAGUUCUAAGUUCUGGAGACGGUCAAACCUACCCGAAGACUGGACAAACAGUGGUUGUACAUUAUACAGGUACCCUUGACAAUGGAAAAAAGUUUGAUUCCAGCAGGGAUCGUGGGGUGCCCUUUAAGUUCAGAAUUGGAAAGGGUGAAGUAAUUAAAGGCUGGGACCAAGGGGUUGCACAAAUGUGUGUCGGACAACGAGCCAAACUAACUUGUUCUCCAGACUUUGCUUACGGUAGCCGAGGCCACCCUGGAGUUAUUCCGCCAAAUGCCGUUCUCAUCUUCGACGUGGAGCUACUGAAGGUGGAGCCUUGAAAUACCUCUUAGAGCGUACCAAACUGACCAAACAUAUUUCAAACAAAAAAUAAAAAAAGAACCUUAUCAAAUAAUAUGUUAAGUAGUCGUCGCACGAAUGGCACAUCCUACGCUAAUUGCCUUAAUUCAAUCGCUCGACCAUUUAUACGAAAAAAAAAAAAAAAACUUAUGUCGCGGUUUUCACAAAGUAAUGUAUGAAAACAUAGUGUUUUUCGGCAUCGCUUGGAAAGGAUAUGCACUUUAUACAAUGUAUAAACUGCAAAGAUCGUUAAUGUCCAAACAAUCGCACAUGCAUGGGUGUUAAACUGUAAAAUUAUAUAUCACGAUGUCGUUCAACUGAUUGCUCUCCGAGAGAUGCGCACCACUUUUACCUUGUGUACUUCACUUAAAGCCGACUUAAUCGUGUUCCUAUGAUGAGCGGUUGAAUAAAGGGACCUUUUUCAAGCAUUUUUACAAAACAAUUUGUGUUCAUUCCAUUCACUAUGUAUUUGGUAAAUUUUCGAAUAUUUUAUACAAAAAUUCAACAAUAAAAAAAUCAUGAACAAUGUAACACAAUACAGGUCUUACAGAAUAAAAAAUACAGUAAAAUUGUU